AUGGGCAACAUAUACUUUAAAAUGGGCGAACAUCCAAAAGCGUUAAAAUUGUAUAGAAUGGCAUUAGAUCAAACGCCAACUGCUGAAAAAGAUUUAAGGCAAGUGUUAAUUAAUCACGCAUUCAAUCAUGCAGUCGCCAUUAAUCAGACCCUAAGUAGGAAAAACAAGUGUAAGAUGAAAGUAAUGCACAACAUAGGACUACUCUUGGUUCGAAUGGGUAAAUUCCGCGAUGCUGUCACGAAUUUUCAACAUAUAAUGCACGAACAGGGAUUACAUCUGGUGUUAUGUUCUGUUGCUUUGAACGACCCAGAAGCGGGUAAGGCGGCUUUUCACUCAAUGUUAGACGUGGAGCCACCUACUUAUCAUCAGGACCUUCCUAUUGACGAUGAAAAUGACGCAUACGAGUGUGUGCUGCGCGACGUUUUACGCGGAGACCGACUGUCGCGGUGGUCGCGCCGGGCCGCGGCACACGCUGAGCGCUGCCUCGCGCUCGCCGUCGCUGCGCUCGCGCCCCUCGCCGGCCAUAACACGAGGGAUGAAGACAUUACCAGCGCGUCGUGGUGCGCAGAGGCGCUGCGUGGCUACUCGGGCGGCAGUGCGGGCGCGCGGUUGGAACUGGGUGCAGCACUUGCAGCGCUGCGCACGGCAGUGGGCCCAGGUGGGGGCUCCGCGCUAGCAGCCGGUGCUCGCGCGCUGCAGCGCUUGAAAGCCGUCGCCCGCGCGUACCACGACGAUCGCGUACUACGAGCUGAGGCUGCCGCAGACGCUGCUUUUUUGGGCAAAUGGUCAGAAGCAAAAUCACUGAGCGAAACGGCGGCACGCGAUGAUCCCUAUUCGUGUACAGCCCGUGUGUCUAGUGCGUUGGCCGACUUGGCAGCUGCCCGUGGGACCAACAAUGUGGAAAACCUGCCUGAUAUUGCAGCAGAUGUGGCGCGGCGUCUGGUUGCCGCCAGUCACCUUGAUCCUGCUGACCUUAUUGCUAUGCACGAUUUAGCGCUGUGUAUGGAGCUGAGCGGUGAAGCGGCAGGCGCGGAAGCACGCUGGCAGCGCGUGCGCGCGGCAGCGGGCGCGGGCGCCACGCUGCGCGCGCUCGCCGCCGCCGGCCUCGCGCGCCUCGCGCACCCCGCACACCCUGCGCACUCCGCCGACCCUACCGACCCCGCCGACCCAGCCGCCGCGGACCACUGGUACAGCAUGAUCGGGAGCUGGGACGCAGGUGUGACCUGUGCUCUCGCGGAACUGCACAAUGAAAUAGGCGAUGCUCAGACUGCCAAACAUCAUUAUCAAGACGAUCCGCUGCAAAAAAGGGAAAAGAUAUGUUUACGCAGACAUUUUAGGAUUUUUGGACAAAGAAGAAACCACGCAGGAAAUUAUGAAGAAGAUGACACUGCCGAGCAAUCAGUAAGAGAUGCAGAAGAAGAGCAUGAGGUACAAAGGGAUGUUAGAACACAAAGAGCGCUAGAAGUUGAAACUGAAAAUGUACGUAAGAAAAAUAAUACCAAUGAAGAAUCAGAACCAAAAAAGAAAAAAUCACAAGAUGUGCCAACAGAAAUAUUAAAUAUAUUGAAGACGAAAAAAAACACUGCAACUAAGGAUUAUGACGAUGACGAAAAAUACCUUUUGAGUUUUUCAGGUAAAUCUAUACAAAAGCUUCUUUUUAGGUUUAAAACUCAUCGUAAAGCUGUGUGGAGACCAAGGACUGUCGGAGACGACGAUUUGGACAAGAGAACUACAGCGGGCGCAGGCUAG